AUGAUUGGUUCUAUACAUAAAUGAUUGUGAAAAUUGAAAUGAUCUGAAGAGUGGUGCAGUGUUACCUUAAAUAGAUGAAAAUGAGGUCUGACACUCUUCUUGACUAUGCCGUGUUGCAAUUGUUUCCGAAGCGUUCAAGAUGUGAGUUGCUUGUUUCGAGUGAUGGAAUCACGGAAAAAUUAGCAUCAAGAUUAGUAAAACCAUACUUGAACAAUUUAAAGGUUGCAGAAGAGCAGUUUGCACUGUCUGUGCAGUCAAUUAGAUUAGAUAUUGAUAGAGCAGUUUCUGCAUAUCACAUGUCACUGAUGUAUUUCAUAUUUGACCCCGUCUAUUAUUGUUAUCAGUCUCAACUAGCUGCUGCUAGGUUAAGACAUGGAUCUCAGGCUAUAUUUACUAGAAACCGGUUCAGAAUAAGACGAGAUCGUAUUUUGGAAGAUGCCUAUAAUCAAAUGAGUCAGUUGUCAGAAGAUGAUCUCCGAGGACUGAUUCGUGUGACUUUUGUCAAUGAGUUUGGAGUUGAAGAAGCUGGAAUAGAUGGAGGUGGAAUAUUCAAAGAUUUCAUGGAGAACAUCACACGGGCUUCCUUUGAUGUGCAGUAUGGAUUAUUUAAGUGGCUUAACAACUGCCGUGGGUCAGAAAAAUUAGGCUGUUUCUGGAAGAAAUACUACAAAAGAGGUUUGUGAAAAGUGAACGUGCUUUAGUUCCACAAUGGUUGAGAAGUAAUGGAAGUGUUACUAGUUCAGCCCACCAUUUUGCAUCUUCAUCUAAUCACACUG